AGGGCUUCCCCUAACGCAGCCCCGCGGACCUCUUGUCCCGCAGCCACCAGUGCCAUCACGUCCACCGUGUUCACCGCGCCUGGACCGCGCCUGACUGCUGGCCGCGCCACAGCCGCGCGAGAUGUGCGGCAGGGGCCAAGUGGCCUCCACUCUCCGCUAUGGCAUGACGGUCAGUGGCACGGUGACCCUAGUGAUUGGGACUCUCUGCUUCGCUUGGUGGAGCGAAGGGGAUGCAGGUGGCCAGCUGGCCCCACCCGUGGAGCACCCUGCACCUGAGGCUCCCCGCCCUGUGCUCAGGUCUGUCAGCUUUUUCUGCUGUGGUGCCGGCGGCCUGCUGCUGCUCUUUGGCCUGCUGUGGUCCAUGAAGACCAGCACACAGGGGCCGGCCCGGUGGGACCCCUACUACCUCUCCAGAGACCUAUACCACCUCACUGUGGAGUCCUCAGAGAAGGAGAGCUGCAGGACCCAGAAAGUGGUUGCCAUCCCCACUUAUGAGGAGGCCAUGUACUGCCCACUGGCUGAGGGGUCCUCAGCACCACCUGCAUGUCCCCCAGAGGAAGACCUGUGGUGUGGAGCCCCAGGACAGGCCCUGCUGGGGACACCAUCCCCCUCACCUCCACCCAGCUACAGAAGCAUUGUCCUUGUUCCUGAUGCAGUUUCUGGAAUGACACCACCUGCUCCAGGUGCUGUGUGCUCCUGUUCAGACCUGGCUCAAACUGCAGGGGGCAUUGUAGGCUCCUAGCAGGUCCUGAAACUGUCGAGAGAAACACAGGGCCCUUUGCAGACUCUCCUACAGUGCCUGGUGCCCAGCAGACACUCCGCACCUUUGCUGGCUUUAAAUACAUCCCAUUGCAUUAUAGCUCACAAAUUGCUGGUUGGUUCCAGUGAUUCUUCUGCCUCACAGUGACUCAGGGACCCAACUGGGACAGAAGACCUAAGAUGCUCCCACAGCAGGCAGCUUGUGCUAGCUGGUGGCUGGGAGAUUUUGUGCAGAGGAUGUGGGGGCCAGAGGCAGAGGCAGAACUGGCCCAAGGUCAUACACUGAGUAUGUGGCCUGUGAACGAAGACUGCUUGUGCAUGGGUGCCACCAGAUACCAUCUUGGUCACCUUGGACAAUGAUUUCCCCUCUCUCAACCUCAGUUUUCCCAGCUGUAAAAUGGGAUUGGGACUAAAUUGGCACCUGAGAAGGAAGUUAAAUGGAUGACAGCAGUGGACGCUGAGAGCUUAUGUCAUCCCCACCCCUCACUGCCCCCAGGCUCCAUGCUAAGCAGCAUGCAAUAAA